AUGAGAUUCAUCAGCUUGGAUUGUGGGUUGGUCCCAGAGGACACAACCUAUGUUGAAAGGACGACGAACAUAACAUACGUAUCAGACGGGACUCACAUUGACAGUGGAGUGGCCAGGAGGAUCAAUGUAACGUUAAGGACAGAAUUUCAACAACAGCUUUGGAACUUAAGAAGUUUCCCUGAUGGUCAACGAAACUGUUACAACUUCAACCUCACAAAGAACCGGAGGUACCUGAUCAGAGGAUUCUUUCUGUAUGGGAACUACGACGGUCUGAAUAUACUCCCGAGCUUUGAUCUUUACAUUGGUCAGACCAAAUGGACAUCUGUUUCACUUCCAGAAGGGGGCAAUGCUUUUAUGGACGAGAUCAUCCAUGUCUUAAAACAAGACCGUCUCCAAAUCUGUCUUGUCAAAACAGGAGAAACGACACCGUUUAUUUCGUCCUUGGAACUUCGCCCCUUGGAUAGUAAUGUUACUUACGUGAGUCAAAGCGGAUCGUUGAUGUUAGUGGCCAGACUUUACUUUUCACCCACUCCAUCGUUCAUCAGGUAA